AUGGACGGAACAUCAGCCCAUUAUCCACCACGAACCUCAGUGCACAGCGGUGCGAGUAGCGACAAGAUAGACACUGACGACGACGCUGGCGUCGUGCUGACGCCGGACCAUACAUCCACCUUCGGCCAGUCGAUAUCACCGGGGUCUUUGUCGACAUUCGCGUUCGCCACGGAUGAACUCUGCUCGAGGGAGCUUUUCAAGGUCAUCAUCCAUGACUAUAUUGAGCGCGUCUAUCCCCUCUGCCCCGUGGUCCACCUCCCUUCAUUCCGCCGCAGCCUUGCCAGCAAUCAAGAUGUCCAUGAUACGGAGCAAAUGCUUCUGCUCGUGGCCUUGUUCACUCUGACGAUAGGGGUCCUGCGCUCGCGGAUUGAAGACUACCGCGCCAUGGACCCCGAGGCCGCCGCUCGCUUUCCCACACGAACCUCCAUCAUCACAUACGCCUCGCAGAUGUGUCUGCGCCUGCGACCACCCGACUACUGGGACGAGAUCAGCCACCGCAAAUGGGCCAUCUCGUACACGCUGGCAUCGGCCGCUUUCGAGGUCGGCCGGAUGAACCAGUACCGCAUGUUUGACUCGGAGGCCAUGCAGCUCGCCAGGCUCCUCGGCUUCCACCUGCACGCGACCGAAUACCGCGGCCUCAACUGCAUCGAAACGCAGCUGCGCAAGAAAGCCUUCUGGCUGCAGUUCUUUUCCUUCGCCCAUUCCAAGGUCCAGCCUGGCCGGCGCCGCUUCCACGUCACAUAUCUCGACAACUACGUCCUGCGCGACGUCGACUUCGCCGCCCUCGAGCCCCUCGACACGCCCGACGAGAACAUUACAGAAAACGCCGUCUGUCCGCCGCCCCCCGACGGCACCGCCCCCUUCACCUCCGUCACCGCCUUCAUCGUCAACACGCGCGUUUUCCUCGAAGCCCUGCGCGACUCCCUCUUCAACGCAGGCUGCGACUGCGGCUACGGCCGCACCAACGAGGAGAAGCUCGCACGCCUCAAGGCCCUCUUCCAGCGCUACAAAUACUCCCUCGACGCCCUGCCGUCGCACAUGACCCAAUGGGGCCCCAGCAGCAUCUACGACAGCGGCCCCUCGACGCCCGCCGCGAACAGCGUCUCCCGCGCCCAGGCCGAGACAACGAGGGCCAACAUCCACAUCACCCACCUCUGGCUGCAGAGCUUCCUGCUCGACCAGACGGACGGCAUCGUGCAGGCCAUGGCCGCGGCCGGCGGCGGCGGCGGCGGCAGAGGCGCCGGCGACGACGAGGCCUGGGUCGCACAUCAGCUCGCGUCUAGCUGGGCAGAGCGCGAGGACAUCUGCCGCCAGCUCCUUCACGUCUUGCACAACAUUGACGGGUUCCAUCUUGAGCCGAAUGGAAACAGUCUCACCUACAAGAUUCGCGGCGUCGCGACGUCGCUGCUGAACUGUCCCUCUUUGCUCGGCGAGAGCGUGUCGCAGCGGGCUGCGGGCUAUGUGCGCGAGUUCACCAAAGUGUUGGCGUUUCUGGAUCUCAGCGAGAUUAUGAAUACUGAUGGCGUCGAUACCUGGAUCGAUAAGGAUAGGCUGGGCGAUGGACGGGCUUCGGCGGCGGCGGCGGCGGCGGAUGCUGCGUCUGCUGCUUCGUUCUCGGCGGCGGCGUCGGUGUCGUAA